AGCUCCAUCACUUCUGAUGCCAGCAGCUCAACGACAACCUCGGAUACCAGUAGCUCCGCCACAUCAACCACUUACACCACGGCAACAACCACGACAUCAUCGGUCGCGGCAGAGCCAGUCCCAACGCGAACGUGGCCGAAUUCGGACAACUCAAAGGCGGCAGGCAUUCCCUUAGACUCGACAGAUCUAUCCCUUCGCACACAAUGCGUGGACGCGUACACGCAAACCAGCGGAGCUCCCUACCCUGCCAAUUCUGCUGACCCUGCCGUGGUCUCGUUCCUGUCGACAACAUGCCGGAAUACUUGCCUCACGGACAUCGGGGUCUUGCCCACGAACGUACUCAACUUUUGCGUGAUGGGGCUGUUCAGCUACGACAAUGGCUACAUUACUGGGUUCUUGUUGAACAAUGAUCCGUGUACAUGGACAACGGACACGAACAACUUUGUCACUUGCGAUAGUACUUCCAAUGGGAUAACUGCCUUGAAUGUUGUCAAUGCCUUGACGGCUGGGAUGCCCGGCUAUAUGCGGUGGCUCGUGUCCAUGACAGCCCUGACGGUAGAUGGCUCACCUGGAACCUCUGGGGGGGCUUCCUGGUCGGCGGACUUCUGGAGACUACCAAAUCUGGCAUACUUGAGCGCAAGCAGCGGAGAUUGGAAUAUCGUCAUUCCCCCAUACGACGGUGCUCAAACGUUCCCAAACAUGAUCCCAGCGCUGAAUCACCUUCUAUUUUCGGGAAUUACGGGCACCAUAUCAUUGAACGAUGCUCUGGGUACCGCGCCCAUGAAUGACCUGGCAAUUGAUUAUUGCACUGGGUUGACAGACGACAUAGGGACAUACACAUGGAUGGCAGAGAGUCCCGACCACAACAACCAGUGGCAGACGUCUCUAACGUCACUGUCGAUCACCUUCUCUGGCCUGACGGGCAUUUUCCCCGUGCAAUGGGGUCUCUUCCAAAACAUUCAAGCUAUAUAUCUCAGCGGGAAUCAAAUGUCCGGAGUCAUCCCCAGUGGGGCUUGUAACUGGCCAAACAUGCCGCAGACAGGCGGCACCCUUGCUACCGAUUAUCUAUGUGACGUUAGAGGCAAUGCAGCAGUUAUUGAUAACAGAAACUGCCUAGCGUGCAAUCCCGAUAUUUACUAG